UGAAGAGAGGUUUCCAACAAAGAGGGUGGAUAGAUGGCAAGUCAGAAAGGGCGAAAGAAACAGGAAUGAAACGAAAAUAUACGAGGCAGAUAUUGAAGCACCCGCGUGCGUUCAGCCUCGAUGUCGCCUGGUGGAUAGUUUUACACAUCGUAUGAAAAAGCGGCAUCGACAUUCUCCACGAGAGUGUACCAAACUCGGUACAAUUGUGUGCCACAUCCAAUUGAAGCUGCUCUGCCCGGAACUGAUGGGACAAUCCAUCACCGUCGGAGAGCUCAAGUCCCGACACACGCACACACUGGCAACCAGUAAAGGGGCAUACACACUGUUUCGAACCUUUCUGAUUGCUUGCACAGCACGGCCAACAAGGGGCCCUCGUACGCAAUACGACUUACGACCAACCAGCCAGCAUGCCCGAAGCCGGGUCAGUUUAGAGUGAGCAGAAAAGAAAUCGUAUUUUAUGGUUUAGUUUGAUAGAAAUCGUAAAGAAAUAAACAUCAAUUAGAAAGGCAUAAAUACGGACAAAUAGAAGGAUAUCAACCACGCUUGCAGUCGCGUUCUAGAAUCCUUUUGCCAUUACUGUUGUUCCUAGAGCAGUGCAUGUGGUAACUGUAGAUUUUCACAUCCUGGAUUUAUUCAUGGUUCAUGUCAAUGCCUGACAAGACAAAGUUGUAUGGCAUGGCAUGGCGGUGUAGAGAUAAGCACAGCCGAUAUUCAGAAUACUUGUGUGACAAUUACGGUGUAGUAGUGUGUCGUCAACUCUAGAGUAAGGAAAGAGCGUCUGUUUAAGGCGGCAAAAACAGUCACAACAAAUCGUAAAAUUUUAUUACGCUUCUUCUCUCCGUCAAGGCCGUUCAACAGCUUACUAUGUAUAUCCCUCGAUGGUCCUAAGCGAAUCCUGCUGAGAAGGUUUGAAGUGAUCGGUGAAGUGUUAUUAUUUACAUAUUUGGUUUGAUGAAAAUAUUAAUUAUGGAUUGAAUGGUUCAUAUAGUGUAAUUUUAUGUACGGAACAGUUUUGAAACCUAAAACUGCCACAUAGAAAAUAGAUAAAAUAAUGUUAUUCUUCUUAUGUAGUUCUGUGACGUGUGACUAGUCAUUACAUAUAUCUGACUUAAGUGUUAUAUUAAAACAGUGCAAUCAUUUAAGCUAUUCUGUGUGCGUGAUUUACUAUACGUGCGGUGCAUAAAAAUGAACACAUAUGUUCUUUAACUGUACGAGUAUGGUACAUAAAUAAGCAAUAACGAAAGCUUAGUGGAUCUAUAUAGUUGAAUACAUGUGACAAAAACAGUGCUUUUUAAGUGAAUAUUGAAUACUAGAGUAAAAAUUCAUGCCUAAUACAACAAUUUACAGAUCUUAAAGUAAAGAUCUUAAGUUCAUUCGCAAAUUAUAAAAAAAUAUGAUGCCAAUGUAGUGUGAAGUAUCAAAAUUUUAUAUUAACAAACGUUUCAUGAUUAGAGCUGUACUAGAAAAAUUUCCAGACCAAUAACCCAGGAAAUUGGAAAGUGUUUAGCUGCUGUAUAUAGACUGUUUCACUCCAUGUAGCAAAAACAAAUUAUCAAACCAAAGAAACGAUUACAUUGAGCUUAUCUUAUCAAAGAACUCAAUAAUCCACACUACAGCUUAUACAUAGUAGUAUGCUAUGUAUAAAUGUGUUUUGAUGACCUGACUUAAAUUAGUGCUUUGAAGCUUGAAUUUAAGUUUCGUCGAUUGUAUUUUUGUUUGCUGCUCGCCUUCUAUCCAUAGCUCCAAAGCCAAAGAGCAUCGUCAUUUGGCAAGCACAUAGCAGAUCAACAAUAAAACAUGACUACAACUUUAUCCAUCUGAUCGAACGAAUUACAACAACAUAAAAUUGCGAAACGAACAACCAGUUAUGCUCUGAUAAUCACUCUAAUAUUUGCGUAUCCACGAAUUCAUUUUGGUACAGCUACAAAAGGUUCAGGUUGCUUUUGAUUACCAUUGUAUAUGCGUUUAGCUAAAGAUAGCUGAAAAAGUCCUCACCUUUUGAACGUGUUACGAUACAUUUACGUUACGAUAUAUUUCGCUACAGCGAUACAAAAUCAUCUAUAAGUGCUCUUGGCGAUAUCGCGUCGAUUCUUGAAUCAUAUGAUUGGAACAUCGCAAACACCAUUCAAUGACAUAGUUGGUGAUCGAAAACACAAUCCAUUAGUAGCCAGUUCUCUCUUGGAACAUCCACGAAGGCAUCAGUGUUGUUCGAUAGGAUUCGGUGGCCCCAAAACCAAAGCGACGACUGUAUAGCUACGCAUUUUCAUGUGAUAUCUUUUUGUAUUUUAUGCUACCAAUUGUGAGCAAGAAAUUAAACAUCAAAUUCCACAUAAAUUCAUGGAUUUAUGAUACUCAUUUGCCCAAUGCGACACACACAUUGGUGUAGCUAACGGAGCUAAGUUGUCUGGUCAAAUAAUCGUUACUGUCAUAUUCACCUGCAAAUUUCUCAAUCAGUCAGAUCAAUCCAAAGACAAAAGCUAAACAUUCACCAUGACUAUGAGUACAAAUAACUGUGAAAGUAUGACAUCAUACUUCACAAAUUCCUAUAUGAACUCAGAUAUGCACGGCCACUACCCGGGGACGGGGGUGGACGGCCUGGACACGAGUCAACAGAUGUACAGUCAUCAUAACCAAGCCCACGCGAACCAGGCAAACAUGCCACCAUAUCCGAGGUUUCCUCCCUACGAUCGAAUGGGCUACUAUCAACAAACGAUGGAUCCAGCGGGAUACGCGAGGGCAGACAGUCCGUCAAGUCAGGCUGCCGUUGGCAACGGUCCAAAUGGGCUUGGUACGUAUGGGACCGAGAAUGGGUCUCCUCCGCUGGAUCAGAUGGGGCAUCAUAUGGGCACAGCACAAAUGACAAUACCUCAGCACCACAUGGGUCACUCGCAAGGACAGGAAUGCUAUCCUGAACAAGUACAUCAAACCCCACAACACAUGGCAAUGUAUACGAACGCGGGCGGAGGUCCACCGGGUGUAACACAGCAGCAGCCAAAUAUGAUGCAUCAGCAACCUCCUCCACUCCAUCAAGGACAACAAGCUCCGCCAAAUAGCCAAAAUGCUAGCUCUGGUCUUCAGUCGCCUUUAUAUCCUUGGAUGAGGAGCCAGUUCGAACGAAAACGUGGGCGGCAAACUUACACCCGUUAUCAAACCUUGGAACUGGAGAAAGAGUUUCACUUCAAUCGCUAUUUAACACGACGACGAAGAAUUGAAAUUGCACAUGCUCUAUGCUUGACUGAACGCCAAAUCAAAAUCUGGUUCCAGAAUCGACGAAUGAAGUGGAAAAAAGAAAACAAAACCAAAGGUGAACCGGGCUCGGGUGAUGAGAAUGACAUGACACCACCGCAGUCUCCAGCAUAAAAACGGCACGGUACCGUCGAGAAUCGUUCAAAGCAACAGUAAUUACUUCUCGCACCAAACACAAAUAGGAGUAACUGCCGUCCGCGUGUUAGCAGAUUAUCGGAAUCGAGUUCCUCCAUCAUUAAAUUAACGAUCUAGGAUCAAAAAUUUGAGUCUUCGCAGUGACAUGAAUACAAAACGGUGUGUGUUUCAAGUGUGUGUUACUAUUCUUUUGCCUAUCGAAUUAUUUGAGCUCCAAUACAAUCAUUUUAUUUACAUACAUGGUGGUUAUGGUUUCGUAUUUGAAAUUAAUCACAUACAUUUAUAAUCUCGUUGUACUAGCUAAAGUAAGCAACACAUCAAAUAUGAAUUCAUUGGAUCAUGUAGCGAUCAAUCAAAUGUAUUUUGGGCAGAAAAAUAUUAGGAAUGCGCGAUGUAAUAAAAACAACUUAUGUGACCUCAAACUUAAUUUUAAAGACAGAACUAAACAAUUAUAAGAAUUGACUUUCAUACAUAAACACGCAAAAUGGCCAGCAGGUCGUUAAAUUACUACAUAGAAAUUAAACAUAAACUGUUACUAGUAGGUUGUACACUAUCAAAGAAAACAAAUUGUGUGUACAAGGAUUUCUAAUAAACAUGGACUACUCUAACAUAGUAGUUCCAAUGACGAUGUGUAGUCGAAACGAGGUCAUAGAAAAAAUCAUCAUGGAAUUGUAUAAAGAAAGGUCAAAUCAGAGUAUAAAAAAGGAAAGAACUGGGUUAACUCAUAUGAAUGUACAAAAUUGCGUCAGUGACCGCAACCAUUUCUCUUAGAGGAAUAUGGAUUUUCAUCCAAACGUUGUGGUGCGACUAAUUAUAAUUAAACAAAAAGAGACAAAUGUAUACAAUUAUCUCAUAAUUAUUGUGAACAAAAAAGUGAAAUACGCAUAAUUUGAAUCCAGAAAAAUCAUCAUCUGAAUAAUGUUGGAAAACUGAUUCGAAAACUGAAAACAUAUAAGAGAGAAAACAAAUAGUCUGCUUGGUCCUCAUGUAACAUCAACAAACAACUUGCAUUACCAAAAACAUGGAUCACAAUUAUAUGAAUUCGAUUCAAAACUUCACUUUGAUUGGCACAGUAAAAAAGAAAAAAAAAUCAAUAGCUGUGAUGCUCUUACGUAAAACAAUGAAUCAAACAUGUGAAAUUCGAACCAGUUGCUGUGUAUUGGAAUAAUAUGAUCAUAUUGUAAAUGUGACAUUGAGUAAAGCAAACAUCGUUUUAAUUCACUAUUACAGCGACGAUUCGAAUUUCUGUAAGCAGAAUGGCUCAAAGUACAUAGCAUAAAGCAUUAGAAAUAUGUUGUCUAAUUCUCUUGAACUACAUGUUUUUCUAAGCCACGAAGAAACAACAACAUUUCAAAGCAAGAACCCCCAAAAUGAACUCAUACCAAAGUCAAUAGAAUAAUUAUGUUUUUUAAGCUCCUUUUAUCAGCAUCAUAGUUUUCAUAGUAAUCAUCAGCAAUUCAUGAGUUUUUGUAUUCUGUUCAGCUAUUUGCAAUACCCUGCAAUUCAUUGUUUGUUUGUUUUUUUUUUCUUCAUUAAAUGUUUUACUGUUAUUGUAUCAGAACGACGUAUCUAGAAAUAUGAACGUAAUUUAUUAUCAUGACAAGCUUUAGUUACUCGCUCAUUAAACAAACUAGUAGAACAAACUGGUAACAAGCUAAAGUGAAUACACAAACACAAUGACAACAUAAUUUUAAAUGUCUCAAAUAACAAGAAAAAUCCGAAUUAUUCCUUAAGAAAGACAUAAUAAAACACCCAGUGGAAUAAUAGUUAAGGAAAAUGGAAUCUGGUCAAUAUUCUCCUUCGAGAUGAAUGUGCAUUAUAAAUAAGUGCACCAUUGAAUAAAUUUUGGUAAUUUACCGUCUUAUGCUAUGCGCCUGAGACCAAAAUGAUGAAAAAGGAAUCGGUAACGUUGUAUACGAUUUUGUACAAAAAUCUUACAGUCGCUAUUUACUGUGCUAUUUAAAUAGUAAAAUUUACUUGACACUGAUUGUAUACAUUUUUUUAAAUUACGUUUUCAGGAUAAUAGGAAACAUAAUUGGAUGGGUUAGAGUUUUUAUCAUCUCACAUGAAUGUGUGAAUCUGUAAGUUGCAGGUAAAUUUAUUUCGUUGUGAUAUUAUGGAAUUUAAACUUUUCUACUUGUCUGUCUAAUGUUGGCACAAUGUUCAACUCAUCAAAAUCAAAACAUAAGGGAGCAUUCAGAAGCCUAAUUUCCAAAAAACGAAUAUACGUAAACAAUGAUACAUUGAAAGUAGAAAAGCAAACCGAAAAAUAACAGUAAUUUAUAAAUAUAACAAGAUUUGGUGGUUUGAUUUGCGAUCGCCGUUCUGAAAAAAAGCAACAAAAACAAAUAAAGCAAGCACAAAAAUAAACAUAAAAACUGUUAGCCUUUAAGGGACUGUGUAACUGUAAAGCAAAACGAAAUGAUAAUAUGUAUCUUGGAUGAUCGGAACAAACUCUAGGAAGUGUUUGUUGCCAUCGUUCUGUUUCUUUUUUUUUAGAAAUAGUAGCACUAGCUGCGCCCAAGUGACAUGAAAAUUGUGGUGACAUCUCUGAUUGAAAUAUGAAAGUGGAAGUAUGUAAAAACUGUUUCCGUAACAAUUUUUCCUUCAUGUAAUUGCUGCAAAAAUAUCAAGAUGAUAAAAGGGGACAAAAUCUACAACAUUAUUUUAGCUUGAUUUUGGAAGAAACAGUUUACCAGGAGUUGGCCGAAAGAAAUUGGAUGUAUUAGAUGUCCACAGAAUUUAACCAUUUAGCAUAAGAGCAGAAAAAGCAACCUUGCAAAGAAGGUCCAGUAAUUUACUUAUUGCUGGUACACACAAAAUUCAAACAGUAACAGCAAAUACAUGUCCCAUCCCGUGAUUGACACAAAAUUUAUCACGUGAGCACAACAAGUGAAACAAAGAAAAAACCAACAAAUGUGUAACUAAAUUUGUACAUAAAACUAAGUCCCGAAGGCAGCCAGAAAGUAAUAAAUGCGAAAAACAAAAUCCAAAUUUCAAAGCAUGAAAACAAUAUUCUGCAACAUUUCGACGAAAUCGUAAAGAUCGUUGAAUCAUUGAACCACGCCUACUGCGCAGGUGUAACACACUUUACCACGCCUAUUUUACAACAAAACAAGAUGAAGAAAAUUCGGAAUCAUGUUCAGAUAACGAAGCCAUUACGAAAUAUUUCAUAAGUUGAAAUAUUUCGCGAAUGACUCAGAGCUAGCAAAACAAACAAAUAUUAGAUUUUUUUCAUUUCGUCUUCAUCUCUAGUCGCUUAUUGCGUCUUUUAUAAAUGCUCUAUGAAAAUA